GUUGUGCACUUCUGGUCUAACGACAAGGCUAUGGUCGAUAGUAACGGGAAUAGUCAAAGGCGUCAUCACUUCGACUUCCUAUGUGGUUGGGGUGCGGGAUGUAUCGAGACCUGUAUACUUUUCCCUUCGAGCAAGGUGAUCUUUCGUCAACAGUUGCAUGGAUUCUCGGCAAAAGUCGCCUAUUCACAGUUGAAGUCGGAAGGGAUUGGGAAACUCUAUCGUGGACUUCUACCACCUCUUAUUAUGCGCACAUCCUCACGUGCCUUGAUGUUCGGUCUCUAUGAUGAAUUCCAAUCUAUCCUGAAAUGCCCGUAUUCUCCACCGAAUACAUCGUUCACUGUGUCUGGACUAUGCGAAGCAUCGCUCUGUCCUCUUGAGCGCGUCCAGGUGCUGCUCCAGACAUCUGCUUAUCACGAUCAUUUCAAGAACACUGCUCAAGCUCUACGUGCUCUGAAAGCUUACGGAUAUUGUGAAUAUUAUCGGGGAAUAUCCGUCGUACUAGCAAGGAACAGUUUGUCUAACGCAAUUUUUUUCACUCUUAAGGAACCUUUUAAGAAAAUGGUGACCGAAUUGAGUCCUUCGAUCAAUCGAACAGCAACUCAGUUGGUCGCUGACUUUAUCUCCGGUGCUGUUCUCGGUGCCUUUAUUUCCACAAUGUUCUUCCCAGUGAACGUCGUGAAAAAUCAUAUGCAGAGCAAGGUUGGUGUACCAUAUGAGAACCCAAUUCAUGUUUUUUAUGAAGUAUGGGGAGAACGGCAGAAAUCCAUUCGCGGACUCUAUCUUGGUGUUCACCUUAAUUUUACACGUUCACUGUUGGCAUGGGGAAUUACGAACACUGUUUAUGAACUGUUUCGUCGGACACUACAGCCCUACGAAGGUGAAAGUUGA